AUGGUUGCCAUCAAUGGCUCCUCACAAUACCAGUACAUGUCCCUGGACGGACAACACAGUUUCUUCGACCGAUCUGGCUGCCGCGCAGUGCUUGGCUGGCUGUCGAGUCGGGUGUUCCGCAGCGGCCACAAGCUGAUCCUUCAGACGAUCGCCUGUAUAGCUGCGAUUCUUCUCCUUACGCAUUCUCUACCGCAACGCGCCUCUGAUGUCGCCUUGGGGCGGGGAUAUAGCGAAUGGAUCGGAUGGGCUAGGGGCAAGGCGAGUGAAGCCGUCGGUGACUCGAGUGAGGCUGCAGGCCUCAGGGUUGUUGUCUUUGGCGCAAGCGAUAUAGCCACCCUUCCAGAUAUCAAGAAGGGUGACAUGGCAUGGCCCGAGGUCAUGUGCGAAGAGUUGGAAUGUACGACGUACAUAUCGUUGGUGCCGAAACCGCCGACGCGGUCAUUAUCCUCCAACAGCCUGUACGCUGCCGCCGUGGACCAGCUUGUAAAGGCUUCGCCCAAAGAUAAGACCUCAUCGCCAGGCCGCGAUUACUCGUUCUACCCGGAUCACUUUCCCGUGCCAUGGCACGUACCGGACUUCAGCAUGCAGGUAUCUGAAUUCCUCUCUCGACCAAAGCCGAAGAAAUCUCCAAAGGAGACGAUUUGGGUCUUCAACUUCGGUCACUGGGAUGUUUGGAACCUGGCGGCGCUUCCUCUCAGAACCAGCCAGGCUGUGGUUGACCAAAUGGUCGAGGAUAUCAUGGUGAACAUCGAGAAGCUUUUCAAAGCCUCAUCCAACGAGGCGUCUAUUGCAUACUCCAACUUCCGAGCCCGGGACGACGACUCGAGACCAGAUUACCUCCCGAAGCUGCGGCAACCUGCCGUGACAGUUGGCGACGGCGCCAAGGCUGUCCCCGACCAGCAGAUUGGCGAGCCGUUCCGCAUCAUUGUUCCCAUGAUUUUCGACGCAACCUUGACGCCGGGGUGGAAGACGGAGAGGCCCGACCUGCCACCUGCGCACUCCAAGGCCGAGCAAAUGCGAAAUGCCGCAACGUUGACGGAGCGCUGGAACAACAAGCUUCAGAGUGCCGUCGAAGACUGGGUGAGGACCAGUGAUGCGGAGUCUGCGCUCCAGGCGGAAGAGGAGGAGGACGACGACAACGAAGAAGCACCCCAACCGACGACAACAUCUCAGACCGGCGCUGACACGGCUACGUCAGCCACAGCCGCGCCUUCUUCGGCAGUUCCUCUUAUUCGGGACGCAAUAAUCUACGAUCUACAAGAGUACGUGACCGAGAUGAUUGCAGAGCGUCAGCUUCGCGAUCACGGCUAUGUCGAUCAGAAUGGCGUCGGGGGGCGCCCUGAAGAAAAGAUGUUCCACGAGGUUGUCUCUCCUUGUGUCAAUACGACCAUCAAAAAGCCCAAGACGAUCAACACUUCAUUGGCACUGCCCAAGGAAGAACAACAAGAAGAAGAAGGAGAAGAUGAAGAAGACGAGGACAUGCCGAACAACAGACGACGUUCGAUGCGGGUGGCCAGGGACGCAGCCAACGACAAGGACGAGAGGCCUUCUCAGUCCAGUGGCCUGUGCAAAGAUCCGAACGAGCAUUUGUUUUACGACUCGCUAUCCCUCUCAUCCCGUGCCAUCGAUGAAAUUGGCAAGGAGACGGCGGAGCUGGUCGUAGCAAACAUGACGCUGCGGGGAUUUUGGUCGAAUCCCUCAUGA